CCUCUCCUCCUGCUCCUCCUUCUUCGCCGCAGCCACCGCCGCCGGGCGCCCGCCGGCCGCCACGACCCCAGUACCCAGCGGGCGGACGGAGGAGGCGAUAGCCGCGCGCUGCUGCACUAGUCCUACCGCCGCCGCUGCCGCCGCGAUGCGCAGAGGGGCCGAACCGCCCGGGGGCCGCCGCCGCCGCCGCCGUGCCUCACCAUGAAGCUCCGCAGCAAGGCGGCGGCGCUGCUCCUGCUCGCGCUGGCCGCGCUGCUGCUGGCGCUGCUGUCCCUGCGCGCCGGCCGCGCUGAGCCCCCUGCGCCGCUCGCGCGUCCCGCGUCCGCCCCGCAGCGCCACCCUGCGCGGGUCCCCGCACGCUGGCCGGGGCCGGGCGCCCUCCCCAGAGCCGGCCCCGGAGCUCGGAGGCGCCGUCCCCUCCGUCCGCGUCCCCGAGCGGAACGCCGGGGCGCUGUGAGACUGGAGAAGUUGGCGAGGAGGCCUGGAGAACCCAGGAGUUUCCAAGCUGUGCUGCCACCCGAGCUCUGGAUCCACCUGGCUGUGGUGGCCUGUGGCAGUCGGCUGGAGGAGACGCUGGUCAUGCUGAAAUCAGCUGUGCUUUUUAGCCACAGGAAGAUCCAAUUCCACAUCUUCACUGAAGACUCUCUGAAGCCCGAGUUUGAUAAGCAGUUACGACAGUGGCCUGACUCAUAUACAAAGAAGUUUGAGCACAGAAUCUACUCCAUCACAUUUUCUGUUGGAAACCCUCACGAGUGGAAGAAAUUGUUCAAACCCUGUGCUGCCCAGAGACUCUUUCUUCCGGUGAUUUUAAAGGAUGUGGACUCACUUCUCUACGUGGACACCGAUGUUCUCUUUCUGAGACCUGUUGAUGACAUCUGGAAGCUUCUGAGAUUGUUUAAUUCCACCCAGCUUGCAGCCAUGGCCCCCGAGCAUGAAAUCCCCAAGAUUGGCUGGUACAGCCGCUUUGCUAGGCAUCCUUUCUAUGGCUCUGCGGGAGUUAAUUCAGGAGUCAUGUUAAUGAAUUUAACUCGGAUAAGAAGUACACAGUUCAAGAACAGCAUGAUUCCAACAGGCCUUGCUUGGGAGGACAUGUUAUACCCCCUGUACCAGAAGUACAAGAAUGCCAUCACGUGGGGAGACCAGGAUUUAUUAAAUAUUAUUUUUUAUUUCAAUCCAGAGUGUCUCUAUGUAUUCCCCUGCCAGUGGAACUACCGUCCCGAUCACUGUAUGUAUGGAAGCAACUGCAGAGAGGCUGAGCAUGAAGGUGUCUCUAUUCUGCACGGAAACCGAGGUGUCUACCAUGAUGAUAAGCAACCAACAUUCAAAGCACUCUAUGAAGCAAUACGGGAUUUUCCCUUUCAAGACAAUCUCUUUCAAUCCAUGUAUUACCCGCUUCAGCUGAAGUUUUUGGAGACUGUACACACUUUAUGUGGACGAAUCCCGCAAGUUUUUCUGAAGCAAAUUGAGAAAACAAUGAAAAGGGCUUAUGAGAAACACGUCAUCAUCCAUGUUGGCCCCAACCAGAUACACUGAACGUUUUGUCUUGUUGCAAGUCAAUUAGGUGUCUUGUGACCAAGGAAAUAGUGAUGUUUAAGCUGCCUGGGUCUUUUUGUGUGAAUAUUUAAUGGUGCUUCACGACUGUUGAGUUUUAAAAACCUUGUUAAAUUUUGCCAAAUCAGUUGCUCCCAAAAGGGAAUAUGCUUUUCUUUUUUUUUUUUUUUUCCUAAAAUGCUAUUUAUCUCUAAAAAGAAAAAAAAAAGAUUAUUAUGCAUUUAACAUUGUUUAAACAGGUCGAGCUAGCUGUGAAAGUAGCUUUUGUGAGCCUUCUAAUUCCUAAAUGUCUGAGACCAUUUCAGUGGCACCUGAGGUGUUAUAUUGAUCUAGCAUUUCUGAGACUUUCUAUGCAACUGACUCCCCACACCCGUAUUAUAAAAGUAAUACACACUUGUGAAACAGACAGACACACUUGUAGAGCAUAUGGGUUAAUGGCUCAAAAUCAAGAUUAGAUUAGCCAUAAUCCUGUUGACCAGUGGAAAAAAUUGUUUCCAUUUUAAUGCAGUUCCUUCCAGCCUUUUUUCUCUACUUUUGCAUUUUCCACGCUAACACACAUCUAAAACAGGUAAUCUUAGUAAAAGCUGGACUUCUUGCUGAGAUAUUUAUGUAGGGGACUAAAAUAUUAGACAAGAUGAUUAUAUGUACAGAAUUUUAUUUAAAAUACAUCUGAGAGGAGCAUUCAAAUUUCAACUACUUGGACAAUGUUAAAGGAUGAAGCAUAUAUCUGGGGGUAUUUCUUUUUCUUUCUUUCUUUCUUUUCUUUUUUUUUUUUUUUGAGAUGGAAUCUCACUCUGUCACCCAUGCUGGAGUGCAGUGGCAUGAUUUUGGCUCACUGCAACUUCCCCUCCCAGGUUCAAGUGAUUCUCAUGCUUCAGCCUCCUCCCCAGUAGCUGGGAUUACAGGUGUGUGCCUUCACACCUGGAUAAUUUUUGUAUUUUUAGUAGAGACACAGUUUCACCAUGUUGGCCAGGCUGGUCUCGAACUCCCGACCUCAAGUGAUCCACCCGCCUCAGCCUCCCAAAAUGCUGGGAUUGCAGGUGUGAGCCACCGCACCCAGCCAAUCUGAGAGUAUUUCUAAAGAAAAAAUUGUUUUGAUUUGUGGAGGACUAAAUUGUAAUAAAUUUCUAUGCAACUAGCGCUUCUGAAAGGAAAUUCAGUAAUUUUUGUGUUUAUUGCAGACAAAAACAUUUAAUCUGUUAGUCAUGAGUAGAUGUGGUCAUCUCUCUUUCUUAAACUCUUGGGCAAUGGGUGGAAAUCAGAGACCAACUUCAAAUUUAAUGUGUACAGAAUAUAUAGUUCAGCUUCUUCUUUUGGCAUGAAAAUUUAACUUCCUACCAGGCUUAGAAAGGUCUCUUUAAACAAUUUUUUUCCCCCUAGGAUUACCCAGCUGGUCUGUACAGGCUUUAAUCACCUCACUGUAGUGGAGGAAGUUGAAUAUUCUCUUCCCCAAAGGGAUCUGGCUUAAUCCCUAGUUACUCAUAUAGUUGGUAUCAGCGUAGCAAUGUUUUGCAUAAUGCUUUAUUUUUCUCAAAUGACUUCUGCGUAAAUGAUCUUGAUAUUUGCAACAGCCUGGUAGAUUUAGUAGGGGCCUGAAUCAUCUCUAUAAGGUAAACAGGGAAACUGUAACACAAAGAAAUAAACAUAAUAUAAUUGCUAUUCUGUAAGACAUACAAGUCCGUGUUUGAUGCAUCUUAUUUACAGAGAAAUUUUUGGAAAUUAAAAUAUUAAAUACCUUUUGUUAUAUAGAGACAAUGAUCUGAAAGUAUAAAAUGAAAAAUAUUAUCUUGUUGAUGUAAAUGUGAUAUCCUAUAUAUUAGAAUCCAGUAAGAUAUCAUGGGUGCUAUAUUAGCAAAAAAAGUCUUACCCUGAAAAAAAUAGAUAUGAAAAUCUCAGCACUGUAUAGAUGUCAGUCAGUUUUGGUAUGCAAGGUCAUUAUAGUAGUAACAAAUUUAAAUCUAAAAUUUUAGGGUAAUGCUUUCCUUAUGAUUAGUUGCCCUGUGAUUUGUUAUUUUUGUUAAGGAAAAUACCAUUACGAUAGGAAACUCUUAUUUUUGAUGUUAUGUUUUAUGUUUCCCUAUUUGACCACUAGAGGUGGCAUCAUUAUUUUGUAACUUUAGUACUAGGCCUUCCAUUUGUGAUAUGGACACGUAGGAGAUGGAGCAAUUUUUGAAUUGUCUUUUGCAUAGGGGAAAAUACAUCUUAUAUAUCCAUAAAUUGGGUGUUAGUGAAAGAGCCAGAAUGGAAUGUUAUUUCCUAAUUCCAUCCCAGUUUCCUUUCUACUUAUUCAGAAUGGCCAGUGAAACACACAAAUGGCACUCAGAUUUGUUGAUGGCUCACAAAUUGAAAAGAGUUUCCUUCCCUCCUUUGGUAAGUCCCACAAAAACAUCUGCUGUAAAGACUUCAAAUACAAUGCCUUUCUUUUUUAUGAGAGCCAAGUUUACCCACAGCUCUCAACUACUGGUACUUGUCUGACUAUGCAGAAAAGGGUUGCCCGAAAAGGUCAAUGAUAUAACCCUAGAAGAUUCUAGAAUGAUGAAUUUUGAGACUGUGAAAACAGAAUCUUGUGUGGUUGUUUGCCUUGGAAUUCCUGUGCUGUAUCCUGAAAUUUUAGGUGAAUUUGGCAGAGAAUUUAGGGAAAAUUUGCUUUUCUAAUCCUUACUGCCUGCAAGUGCUAAUUACUUUCCAUAGCUAGGAUAUUACCAUGAAGCAAUAUUUUCUCUGCCUUUGGUAACUCCCAGCAAAUUACUAUAUUAACUGCCUUUGAAAUCUGGGAGCCACAAAUUUUAAUUCAGUGGCCUACUAAAACAGGUACUCUGUGGUCUAAAGUUUGCCAAAGGUGGUGCUGCCCCAUCUGCCACAUUGAAUACUCGGAAGAAGGUGGGCCAAUUAUUUUCUCUCCUCCUGCCUUGCCUUUUCUCUCUUCCCUGCUGUUUUCUUCUUUACUCAUUUCUUUUUAAUUUCUGUUUAAUGCAUACAACUAUGGAGUUCCAUUACAGAAGGCAAGAGCACUUUCUGAUAGCAAAAUGUGGCAGUAGUUUUGUAUGCAUUGAGAUUGAGGUUUUUCAACAGCAAUGUCGCUAGAAAUGCUGACAAUAUUUUUCUUGCUAAGUGUUUCUCCAGUAUAAAUCUCAGAAAUCAUGACUUACAUUGAAAAUCCUAAUAUUUAAACCAUUAUUAACUGGCCAGAAAGGCAAUUUAAGAUUUUCUUCAACUUCCAAAAUGGCAAUUUAGCACUUUGGAUGCAAUGCUCCAAGCUUUACUAUUUAUAGGAUAUGUCUAUUUCACAUUCAGUGCUUCUGUUGCAAAUUAUUGUGACUUUUACCAAAUUCGGUGUUGAAAUGGGUAUUUAUAUGGGCUCAGGCAUUUGAGAGUAUUUCCUUUAUUUGCAGUUAUGGUGUUCAUGAGCAAAAACAAACCAAAUGAUACAAAACAUUGUUAUUCACAGUUACUGAAAACAAAAUAAUGUUCUAAUAACAAAAUAAUCAAACCAGCCCAGCCUGAAAACAAGACACCAUUCAUCCCAAAUUUAGAUUUAUUUAUAAAUAUUAUCUGAUAUUUAUACAUAUAAAAGAUAAAUUAAAUGUGUUUGAUAAACCAACAUGAACAUGAUUUCAUCACUAAAUUCAGAAAUGUUAAGUUCUAUGACAGCACAAAUCUUUCUUUCUUUCUCUUUCUUUCUUUCACAAGCUAACACAGGACAUAUUCUCUUUUUUUAUUGAAGUGGAGUCUCUUUCUGUCACCCAGGCCAGAGGGCAAUGGCACAAUCUCACCUCACUGCAGCCUCUGCCUCCCAGGUUCAAGCUAUUCUCAUGCCUCAGCCUCCUGAGUAGCUGGGACUACAGGCACACUCCACCAUGCCCAACUAAUUUUUGUACAUUUAAUAGAGACGGGGUUUUACCACGUUGGCCAGGCUGGUCUCGAAUUCCUGAGUUCAAGUGAUCCGCCUGCCUUGGCCUCCCUGAGUGCUGGUAUUACUGGCAUGAGUCACUGUGCCUGCCUGACAUAUGCUCAUUUAAUAGAAUUAUAGGGAAAUUGUUUAUGUUUUUCUUUUUCUAUCCUACUUUUUCAUAUUCGUCUUUUUCAUUUUUGCCUUUCUUUUUCUGUCUAUGACAUAAGCUUCUGAGUAGUACCAAGAAGCUUAGCUUUAGUAGCAAGAUGACAGAACUUAAGGAUCCCUGUGCAGGUAGGACUAAGUUCUAAUCCUUAAACCAAAUCUUUAUGUUAAGAGUUUUCCAGGCCGGGUGCGGUAGCUCAAGCCUGUAAUCCUAGCACUUUGGGAGGCUGAGACGGGUGGCUCACGAGGUCAACAGAUCGAGACCAUCCUGGUCAACAUGGUGAAACCCCAUCUCUACUAAAAAUACAAAAAUAAAUUAGCUGGGCAUGAUGGCGUGUGCCUGUAAUCCCAGCUACUCAGGAGGCUGAGGCAGGAGAAUUGCCUGAACCCAGGAGGUGGAGGUUGCAGUGAGCCAAGAUCGCGCCAUUGCACUCCAGCCUGGGUAACAAGAGCGAAACUCUGUCUCAAAAAAAAAAGAGUUUUCCAGAUUUUUUUAAAAAAUCAAUCAACACACACACACAGAAAAGGAGGAGCCAACAUUUGUUGUACCUGUGAACUGAGGAAUUAUAGAUAGUUAAACCUUAGGUCAAAUCAUUUCACAAUUGCAUUGGUGGUGUUUAAAGCUGAUGAGAUUUCUCUGACAGACGGAAAGCUUUGUCCUAGUUUUUGUUCUUCACAGGCCAAAACUGGAAAUAUUCUCUUGUCUGCAAAAUAAAAUGUUUGUAUUUGUAUCACCAUAUGCAUGAACAUGUAAGAAUCAGGUACAAUUUCUGCUUCAUCAGUUUUACAUGUUUGUGUUGUCACUGAAAAAUUGCACCCACUGUUUAUAGCUCCCAAGGAGACCCCAAAUUCUUUUUUUUUUUUUUUUUUGAGACGGAGUUUUGCUGUUGUUACCCAGACUGGAGUGCAAUGGCACAAUCUCGGCUCACCGCAACCUCCGCCUCCUGGGUUCAAGCAAUUCUCCUGCCUCAGCCUCCCUAGUAGCUGAGACUACAGGCGUGCACCACCAUGCCCAGCUAAUUUUUUUUUGUAUUUUUAGUAGAGACGGGGUUUCACCUUGUUGACCAGGAUGGUCUCGAUCUCUUGACCUCGUGAUCACCCGCUUUAGCCUCCCAAAGUGCUGGGAAUAUAGGCGUGAGCCACCACACCCGGCCCUUUUUUUGUUUAUUUUUUGAGAUGGAGUCUUGCUCUUGUUGCCCAGGCUGGAGUGGAGUAGCACAAUCUCAGCUCACUGCAACCCCCACCUCCUGGGUUCAAGUGAUUCUCCUGCCUCACCCUCCCCAGUAGGUGGGAUUAUAGGCGCCCACCGCUACUCUUGGCUAAUUUUUAUAUUUUUAGUAGAGACGGGGUUUCGCCAUGUUGGCCAGUCUGGUUUCAAACUCCUGACCUCAGGUGAUCCACCUGCCUCAGCCUCUCAAAGUGCUGGAGUUAUAAUUGUGAGCCAUCAUGCCUGGCCCCGAAUUCCUUUUUUAUGUUGGAAAGCAUUUUUUUUUUGUAAUUUUUAGUUGCAAAGAAAUGAGCAGGAAAAAGAAUACUCCAAAGAAAAGGAAUUAUUACGGCAAAUUAAAAGGGACACAAGCAGGCUGGGCAUGGUAAUGUAAUCCCACCACUUUGGGAGGCCGAGGUGGGUGGAUCAUGAGGUCAAGAGAUCGAGGCCAUCCUGGCCAACAUGGUGAAACCCUGUCUCUACUAAAAAAUACAAAAAUUAGCUGGGUGUGGUGGUGCACGCCUGUAGUCCCAGCUACUAGGGAGGCUGAGGCAGGAGAAUUGCUUGAACCCAGGAGGCGGAGGUUGCGGUGAGCCGAGAUCGCGCCACUGCCCUCCAGCCUGGUGCCUGGCGACAGAGCAAGACUCUGUCUCAAAAAAAAAGGAUACAAGUACUAUGAUUUAAUUGCUGUCUUGUCUUUUUAAAAAUGUCACCUUUUUUUAAAUUAAAAGCUUUAAAAACAUGUCUUUGGGUAUUAUUUUGGAGGUAUGUUUCUUUUUUGUAAGAUGGCAAGUUUAAACAUUUAUAAUAAGUAAUAUUUAAAUUCUUACAACUAGUAAUGAAAUAUUUGGUAUAGUAAUUAGCUUAAUCUAUUUUUAAACAUCAUUAAAAUUUGCUUUGUUUAUUAAAAUGCCAUAUUAUAAUGUUA